ACUGUUCCGGCCCUUUUGAAUCGUAGCUUCUCGAGAUUCACAAACUCUGUAGAUUUGAGUUUUACCUUGUUGGCUUGUGCCAUGAACCAAAUUACCGACUGGCUGAAGUUUGACACCCACCCUGGUCAUUAUUUGACGAUUGCAACCAGUGGAGGCCUAAAUCAACAAAGGACUGGGGUAAGAUUUUGAGUCCUGAGUCUGCUUCAUUAGCUUUAAUUUAUUGAUGGUAUGGUUUUGUGUGCUUCAAAUGUAUGCUUCCUUUUCUGUGUGAAGGAACCCAGAAUUGUUUCAGUGUCUACUCUUUAAGUCUAUUGAAAAUCUAUUACACUAUCCAACACUGCACUAGGUAUCUGAUCAUCUCUUUUGGUGUCUGACAUAAACGAGCUUAAAGUCUUGAUAUACUGAACAGUGGCACAGGUGACAUAAAAAUGACUAAUUAGUUUCUGAGUUUAUUGUUCUUUACAGGUAAAAGAGCAACAUAUCAGCUUUCAGAUCAAAACCAGUGUUUGCCAACACCAAAGAUAACUCUUGAUGCUCCUUUCUGGGAGCGAAAACAAUUGGUGAGGUUCAAAAUCGAGCUGUGGGUUCUCAAUGUACCCCAAACAGUUGCAUUGUUCUCCUUGCAAAACACAAAAUGAAUGCUAUCAAGGCCCUUCAGAGCUACUUUCCCAACAAAUGUGCCUUUAUCCAUAUGAGAAAACUGCACCCCAAGAGAAGCUUGCAUCUCUCAUUCUGCAACUCCAAUGACACUGGUUCUGAGUCUUCACCACCUGAGGGAGAUUUGAAAAAGCAAGAAUUGUUGGCCAAAAUUGCUAUGCUUCAAACCCAGAAGGUCAGACUCACCGACUAUUUAGAUGAGCGGUCUGCGUAUCUGACCCAAUUUGCCGAAGAUGCUAAUGCUGAGUUUGAUGAGAUUGGAGAAAAUGCGCUCAAGGAACUUGAUGAAGCAGAGGCCAGGAUAAUGGAGAAUCUAGAGAGCUGGGUGCAGGCCUUUGAGGAAAGUGCAGAAUUGAAUAAACAGGAAAUUGAGAAAACUGAGAGGGAGUUAGUGGAGUUCAAAGGUCAAAUAGAGGAGGGCCGGAAUGAAGGACUGUUCUUCAAGAACCUGAGGGAGGGGGCACCUGGAGAGCAAGCUGAAGGUAAAGAAGAAAUUGAAAAGAUUAAAGAAGUUAAUAAAGAGAAUGCCGGAUCAAAAAUUAGGAGGAACAUUUACCUUGCUUUAAUUGCCUUGCUCAGCAUUGGGAUUGCCAAUGCCUUGAUCUCUUCUUCGUAUGAUUUGCGAAAAGUUGCUAUUUUGGGGGUUAUUCUAGUGGGUUUGUUGGCUCAAUUCAUCUAUGAGCACAGACAAUAUCAACAAAAAUAGAAGCGAAAGAGGAAGAACGAAAAUGAUGGUGAGAACUGUGAAGAAACAAUUACUCUCAUAUGUUUCUUGCUACAAUGUUAAGACAGCAGGACCAUCAUUGAUGAAUAGAGCAUUAUACGAGAGAGCUGAAUUGAUUCAUGCUCAUCAAGGAUGUGCUGUACAUUAAGGCACUUUGCUUUUGCAUAAUCUUGAUAACCAUGUAAGUAACCACCAUGUUGUAUAGUACAUCAAUUUUUACUGUUAAAUUGACAGAAAGAGAGGUAGUGAGGCAUAGAACCCAUACUUCGAUCUUUUCAUUUUACUCAUUUUCCUGCAAAAGAAAACUGGUAGGCACAUUCUGUGGUUACCAUUCUGCAA